UAUAUACUAGUUUUCAUCAUCCUUGCUGCAAAAUUUGACAACGCAACGCAAAGCAGCUGCUCUUCCAUUCCAUGUCUGCGCGUCCCAACCCUCCGCCCGUGCGGCGGCCGCGCUGGCGCCGGGAUCUCACCGUCCGGACGCCGCGCGCCGACGUCGCCAUGUCGCUCGCCGCGCCACCGCCGCCGCCGUCCCUCGACACCACGGUGGAGCCCCCGCUCGCUGAGAUGGAGCUCGUCUGCCUCGUCGACAGCGGCGAGGCCGGCGAGGUGUGGCUGGUGCGUCACCGUGGCACGCGGCGGGAGUACGCGCUCAAGGUGCUCUACGAGCGCUGGGCCGCCGCCGCCGGCGGCGACGCCGACGACGACGACCACUCGUCCCUGGUGCGGUGCCACGGCGCCACGCGCCGGAGCGGCGGCGGCGGCGAGGAGCACCGGAUCGUCCUGCUCGAGCACAUGCGCGGCGGGUCUCUCUCCGGCCGCCGCGUCGCGGACGAGCGCGCCCUCGCCGGCGUCGCGCGCCAGGCGCUCUCCGGGAUCGCGCACCUCCACCGCCGCGGCGUCGUCCACGGGGACAUCAGGCCGUCCAACCUGUUCGUCGACUCGUCGGGGCGCGUCAAGAUCGCCGGGUUCGGCGCCGACCGCGCCAUCGACCGGACGGCCAACGGCGGGCCCUGCAGGGCGUCGCUCAGCCCCGCCGCGUACAUGAGCCCCGACCACGCCUGCGGCGGCGGCGGCGGCUACGCCGGCGACAUAUGGAGCUUCGGCCUCACCAUCCUCGAGCUCUACACGGGCAGCUUCCCCUUGGUCGAGCAGGGGCAAUCGAUCCCGCUGACGUGUUACUCCGACGGACCACCGGAGGCGCCGGCCACCGCCUCGCCGGAGUUCCGAAGCUUCGUCGGGUGUUGCCUGCAGAUGAAUCCGGCGAAGCGGCCGUCCGCCGUGCAGCUCAUGGAUCACCCGUUCGUCACGUCCUCCGUAUUUUCUCAAGAAUAAUAUAGUUAUUUUUUAAAAAAAUGAUAUUGGUAUGACAUAUUUCUACUACAAAAUACUUUCCUCCGUCCAAAAAAAACUAAUAUAGAAUUGGAUUUAACAUAAUCCAGUACAACGAGUCUACACAGACUCGAUUAGCUGUACUAGAUUGUGACAAAUACAAUCUAAGGUUGAUUUUUUUUUUGGGACGGGGAGUACAACAGAAAAUUUAAAUUUAAAAUCGACUCAUUUUAAGGGGAAAAAAAUCGAUAUUGUGAAUGGUACUUACACAUUUACCAUCAUAUUUGUCUUUUUUUUUCUCACGUCAUAGGUUGAGUUUAGAUUUGAAUUUAUCUUAGUGGUAAAUCUGUAAAGGCAACAUACUCUAUUGAAAUUUUUGUUUUGUUAAUCUUCAUAAUUAUUGAGAAGUUAGAAACACACAAGGUGAUGCCCCUUUGAGGAAUGAAAGCAUAUUUCCUUCUUGAAAUGAUGAUGAUUGAAGCUAUUAAUGGCUCAAUUCUUUACAUUGUAGUUUUUGUUGAAUUAUAGUUGUACGACGAUUUUCCAUAUGAUCUUAUAGGAUAGUACCCAAUGUAUUUUUGUAUAUUCAAAUUCAAAUAUAAAUAUUAUAAUACA